AUGGCCAAAGCAAAGGGUGCUGCUGGAAGUGCCGUCACAAACCGGCCAGCGUACUCCAGGGUGUCAUUUUUGUUCCAGGCUGCCACUCUGCUUGCCGGAACACAGUCUGCAGCGCCUUCGACGGAGGUCCAGGCAAAAUCCAACAUUGACGACAAAGGGGAUGAUGGUCAAGAGACAGCACCGCCUCAACUACAAGGAAUGGCUCGCUACCUCUUGAUGCAGAUGCGAUCUGUGUCACGCAAGACCAACAUGCGCCUGCGCCCGGCCAUGAAGCACAGUGUCUGCAAGUACUGCGAUACGCUGCUGGUAGAGGGCGCGACAUGCAUAUCCGUUGUGGAGAACCGCAGCCGUGGCGGGCGCAAGCCAUGGGCGGACGUCCUGAGCGUGACUUGCACAACAUGCGGGCGCGCACGGCGGUAUCCAGUGACAGCACCGCGGCAGCCACGACGGCCGUUUCGCGCCGACGAGCCUGACAAGACGAAAGUGACGGAUGAUGCCAACGGCCAACCGGCAACCAAGGAUGUACACAAAGUCCAACAGCAAGGAAAGGCGCAGGACAAGAAAUUGGCGGUUGUGUCGUGCGGCAAGGAACAACCGCAGGGCACAAAAGCAACGGCGACAAAGGGACAGAACUCGAACCAGGCCCCGGGAUGA